AUGUCUCACUACAAACUCGGCGCGAACGCCUUCCCAAAAAUCUCUGGCAAAGUGAAAGACUUCCUGCAUCAGAUACAGCGACUCAAGACCGAAGGAAAGAUAACGACCGAUGUGAUUACAAUGGAAGGCACAGCCAAGCUUCAUGGUAUGCACGCGGACAUAGUCUUCGACAUCUCAGGCUUGACCCAGAUCGCUGACACUACUACUACGCCGCAGAAAGUGACCUUUCAGUCACGCAAUCGCACCUGUCCACCCGAAGCUUCUCAACACGGUUGGCCAUGCAAUCUUGCAGAGCAUCCUGAGACGUUACAAGAUCUCAAGACUCGUGUACUGCGUCGAUUCGAGGACCACAAUCCAGAGGUCAAGAUUGAUUACACAAAACCACUUAUUGUUGCAGGUGAGUGGAUUGGCCCUAAGGUCCAAAAGAACGUUGGCGUAUCUGAGCUCUCUCAUCGAUUUGUGAUUCUCGCAGUUCAGAUCAACGGAAGCUGGCAGCAGGAUACAGUCUAUGCAGACAUUGAGGCUCCCGAAGCAGCAAUAUACAGCGUCCUCCGUGUACCGCAGUAUGUCGUAGAGUUUGACACUAACAAUCUCAGCCUCACUAACCCAGCACUGCUCAAGAUGCAACGUCUAGCAGAUGCAGUCGAAGAGCAAUGCCCUUUUGCCGCCAAAUUCGGCAUAGGGAACAGCAUGGGCGAAGGUAUUGUUUGGAAGCCUGGCGUUCCAGCAGGUCGAUCAGAUGCCAAAUACUGGUUGAAAACUAAGGGCCCAAAUUUUGGUCCUGAGAAUCGUAUCAAACCCAGCAGCGGUCCCGACAAUUUUCAUGAGAAGAUACUAUCAGUGGACAGCGCUGCCGAGAAGUGGUUCACCCCGCGACGCGUUGAACAGGGAUUCGAGUAUCUUGAAGAGAUGCAGACCUCAAAGCCGGCCCGGUGGAGGACGUUCGUUCGAUGGAUCCAGGAUGAUAUCAUGAAGGAAGAAAAGGCUGACAUCGAGAUGAUGGAACAGCAGACGCCUGGUUUUACAAGCAUGCUACAGCGUGACUUGGGUCGCUUAGCAUCCGAGGCAUUUCAAGAGCAUGCUAAGUAA